CCGGGAGACGGAACUUCCGGGUUUUAUCGAAUAUGGCGGAGGAUGUUACAAUUCUAUGCGCAGAGGGGGUGCGCACCGGUGCAUUCGGGAACGAGACGCAACGCCGACUCAAAUCUCAAACCGGCGUCCAUUUUCCCCUCUCCUUCGUAAUUAUUCAGUGUGUUUAUAUGUGUGCACCGACUUCACAUCACUUCGAGGGAUUAUUAAAAAAGAAAUUGAGAAAUUUGCAUUAAAAGAAUGGACGGUGCACCUCCCGGUCGCGGUGGUUUCAGGGGUCGAGGGGGUCCUGGCGGACCCAUGAGGGGUCGUGGGGGCUUCGCAGAUAGGGGAAGGGGUGGCCCAGUACGAGGUGGGAUAAUGAGAGGUCGUUGUGGAGGCCCUGGGCCCAUGAGAGGCAGUCCCCCAGGUAUGCGCGGACGUGGGGGGCCCCCAGGACGAGGCAGAGGUGGACACUAUCCACCCGGAGGCCCUCCAGAGCCUGGAUUAGCUGGAGGUCCAGGUGGUGGUCCUCCUCCACCACCAGGUAUGGGUGGACCCAUGAGAGGUGGAUCCAGAGGAGGUCCAGGGGGAUUCAGGGGGCGAGGACGUGGUGACUUCUCCAGGAGUGACAGUCGAGGUGGAGGAUUCCGUGGACGUGGAAGUGGAUCAGACAGAGGGGGACGAGGCUCCGGAGGAUUUUCGAGAGGCGCUCCACGAGGUGGAAUGGGUCGUGGGGGUCCAGGAUCAUUCGGUGAUCGAGGUGGACGAGGAGGAGGCAGUGAUCGUGGAGGUCGAGGUGGACCAAUGAAACGAGGAAGACCUCCAGGCGUUGGUGGACCACCAAAACGCCCCAGAUACGAACCACCCCCACAGCAACCCGCUAAUGGAUAUGCCACACAGCCCGCCAAUCAGGGAUAUGGAGGUCCUGGGAACGGAUACAGCCAACCUCAGCAGCCCCAGGUGACCGGAUAUGGGGCACCAGGUGGCGGCAACACUGGAUAUGGACCACUCCAGGGUGGUUAUCAACAGACAACAUAUCAGAGCUACGACAGUUAUCAGCAACCAUCGGAUUACACACAAGCCGCGGGAUACGCCGCUCAGGCACCAGCAGAUAACAGAUACGUUCAGGCGCCAGCAGCUGGUGGAUUCAAUGCAGACCCUUACAAUUAUGGAAAGGCACCACCACAAGUGAAUUACCAACAGGAAGCAGUUGCUCCUGCACUCGGUGGUGGUGAUGAUGGUGGCGGUGGUUACCCCCCUGGAAAUCCUUAUGACGAUCAGUCUUGCAAUCCCAGCGUUAUGACAGGCCGAAGCGGUGGUUACACGACACACGGCUACGAUUAUUCGACUCAAGAUGGUGGUUACGGAAAACAAGAUUACGGUGGCAGUGCUGGUUACGAAUACACCCAGUCCCAGCGACACUAUUAAUAUAAAAAUUAAAAAAAUAUAAACUAGCAGGAGAAAGAAUAAAUAUUGAAUUCAUCACUUUGAAAAUAUUGAACUUUCAAAUUUAGAACACUGAUUUUUUACUAAUUAUUACUGAUUAAUCGUUCGAAACACCUGACGAAUUGCCAGUGACAAAGAUUAUUACAUUUAGAAUUAAUUUUCAACUGCAACAAGUAGAAUAUUUAUCUCGAUAAUUGUCACCUGGAAAUUUUCAAAACCUUAGGCAGAAAAUAGGCUCGAGAUAUAAAUAGAACCACAAACAUAAAAAACCAUGAACAAUAACGAGAGUGUUUUAUAAUUAAGUCUUGCAUUGACAGUUUAAUUGUCAUAAGAAUGAACUUCUUGUGUCAGCCUUUUUAUUCUCUGAACUGAAAUAAAAACACCGAAAAUUGUAUAAAAUGAAUUUAGAUGGAUAUGUAUUAAUUGUGAAUGAACAUAAUCAUUUUCAUGGAGAAAAUCAUUUUAAGAAUGAAAAUUUACUGAAUCAUCAUCAUCUUUAGUUGUUUUUUUUUAAAUAUUUCUCUUUACGUUUUAAAUAGUCACCACUCAUUAGAACAGCGAUUGAUUGAAUUGAAGAAUAUCAACAAAUUUCUUUAAGUGCUAGGGUAACUAGAUUAUUUUGAGUGCCGAGGUAUGAUUUUAUUGUGGAUGAAAACCAUGUACAAAUGACGAUUAUUUUGUUUUUCGUAGGUAAUGAAAGACACUUGACAAUUACAUGAGAAAAACACUCACGAUUAAGUAUCAAAAAUAUCGCCUUUUAUGUAUGAUUUAUUGAAUUUUCCUGACAAUGAAGGAGGAAAUUCAUGUGUCGAUGCAUCAUUUUUCUUAAAUUUAAUUCGAAGAUAAUUCAAUUUAGAACAUGUGUAUGACGAGAAUGAAAUGACAGCUGAAAAAAAUAUGAAGAUAAGAUGACGAUAAAGAAAUCAUCAGCAGAACAUAAGAAGAACAAUUUCCCCUUUUUUCAUUGCCUCCUCACCCCUUUGCACAAGAGUGAAAAAAAUCAUUGACCACUAUAAUGAAUGGAAUUGAGAUGAUUAUUAAUUCAUGCUAAACCAGCUAAACUGCCGAAUAGGAAACCAGCGAAAUCCAUUAGACUGAGAGCAACGCAAUAAUGGGGGCUAUAAUGGCGUCUCGUUAAACAGUGGCAAGUAAUUUAUGAGAGAAUUAAUGAGAGAACGUAGGUAUUCUGCACUUGAUAAAGAAAACUAAGAUAUCGUUGUCCACAAUCAUCCACUGAUGGACAUCACAUUUCCAUUAUGAAUUUCAUUGUUUUUAUUUCAUUUUUUUACUGUGAUUUUGGUGAGGGGAGAUCAUUUUGGGAUGGAGAAAUACUGCCAUUUCGAAGUGAUUGUCAUGAAAAAUGACUUGAUCUCAUUUUUAAGCCCAAAACCACAUUUUCAGAAUGAUAAGGACACAAAUUUUACUGCUUUAAAUGAUUCCUUUUACUUUUACCUAUGACUGAUUAAUUUAAAGAAAUAAUUGCCUCCACUGACUCUCCCCUGAUGACAGAAGAGAAUUCCUUUGAAAAUUUGACAACCCGAUGACAGUAAUAUUGAAAUCGCAGGCUUCUCCAAUUUCAUGUGAUUCCCCUUUUAAAUAAAAAGCCAAUAUAAGACUUGCCUUAUUGGAAAUGAAGGAUAAAAAUCAAAUAUAAAAAGCCAAAAUGGAAUGAUCGAAUACGAAAAGAGACGAAUAAACCAAUGAAACCGAGUGAAAAGAGAAAAAAAUCCAAAAGAAAGAACAAACAAACAAAUACAGUAAAGUAAAAUGCUGAACUUCUUAAUUA